AUGCAAGAAAGCUUCAUCGCUAAAAUUAAAUGGCAUACCCAGUCGGCACUGGGUUUGCCGCCAUCUGAGCCAUCAGACUCAGGAGACGGCGGUAAACCUGUGCAAAUAUUCGCGCGCAUCAGGGAAAAAACCAGGGAAUGGCACAAGCUGAGAAGAGCUGGUUGUAAGGCUCAGAAUCUACGAGCACAGUAUCUCGCUGAACAAGCCAAAAUCCAAGGUACGGUGUCGCCUCCGAACACCAUAUCACGCCCCGCCAUGGAACUGCAACGGCUUCUCCCUGGACUAGCGGAGCUACCAGGUGAUAACACAGAUGCAUAUUCCCAGGCGAGACUUGAGCCAAGUCAGGCAGCGCAGCAGCAGCAGCAGUAUGAAACCCCUGGCUCUCGUCCACUUCCUGCCACUGAUGACCCUCAUCCACACGGGAAGAGCGGCAAAUUCAUUAUUGUUUCUGAUCCUGUACUCUUUCAUGCGAAGGGCUCUGCUCACCAACACAAAGACAUGCCUCGUGCACAGAGAAACGGAAACGUUGAAUAUGAGCGGGAUCUAAAGAUACUAUCGGAUGAACCUUGUAUUCCUCAACCCCGAAUAGGUCCAAGACUUGUCGUACAAGAUGAUGAUAUUGAAGUUCUUCUCGAGACACGCAAACAGACGAUCCGGAGAGAUUGCGAACAGCUAAGGGAAGUCAGGAUAGAGCUAGAGCGCCAAAUCCUCGUGGCGAAAGAGUUUGCCUUCCAGCUGUACUGCCAGACACAUAAAUGGGAGUAUUGGAGCCCAAUUCUACAAGACCCUGUUCCCCUGCUACAGGUAUUAAAGGGACUUCAAACGACCAUGCUAUGGCUGCAAGCCCGCGUUCAGUGGUAUGAGAGAAAGUACCCGGGACUUCGUGAGCAGUACAACACGUAUAUGGGAUUGCAGACCAAGACCUCUGAGGUGGUAAAGGCUGGAGGAUAG